CUUUCGUUUACUCUGUCCUCUUCGGUAUGGUCUCCAGAGCACUGUCGGCGUCGCUAGCCCGUUCACUCAGGACUUCAGCACGCAACCCUCGUCCCUUGCGCUCAUUUGCGACAGCUGUGAACAUUCCAUCUCCCAUCACCCAAACAACAACUCUUUCCAAUGGCCUAACUGUCGCAACAGAAUCUCAUCCUCAUGCACAGACCGCAACAAUUGGCGUCUGGAUUGAUGCCGGUUCCCGUGCCGAGACUGACAAAACUAAUGGCACUGCUCACUUCCUUGAGCAUAUGGCCUUCAAGGGCACCAAACGUCGCAACCAACACGCGUUGGAACUCGAGGUCGAAAACCUUGGCGCACAUCUAAAUGCGUACACCUCUCGCGAGCAGACUGUGUACUAUGCAAAAAGCUUCCGAAAGGAUGUUCCGGUCGCCGUUGAUAUCAUUUCCGACAUUCUGCAGAAUUCCAAAUUGGAGACCACAGCGGUUGAAAGGGAACGUGAUGUCAUCCUUCGAGAACAGCAGGAAGUCGACAAGCAGCUCGAGGAGGUCGUGUUCGAUCACCUUCAUGCUGUUGCAUUCCAACACCAACCGCUUGGUCGUACCAUUCUUGGCCCUAAGGCCAAUAUUCUCUCCAUCAAGCGUGACGACCUCGAUUCCUACAUUAAAACCAACUACACUGCUGACCGCAUGGUUCUCGUUGGUGCCGGAGGUGUUGACCACCAAGAGCUCGUUAACCUCGCUGAAAAGCAUUUCUCUUCUCUUCCCACCUCGCCAAACCCGAUUCCUCUUGGCCGUCUUGCUCAUCCUCGUUCGAACUUUGUCGGUUCGGACGUUCGGCUCCGUGAUGAUGCAAUUCCUUGUGCACACGUCGCCAUUGCCGUUGAGGGUGUUGGUUGGAGCUCACCUGACUACUUCCCCAUGCAGGUAAUGCAGAGCAUCAUGGGCAACUGGGACCGCUCCCUCGGGGCUUCUCCUCUCCUCUCAUCCCGCCUUUCCCACAUCGUCUCAUCGAACAACCUUGCUAACUCAUUCAUGUCUUUCUCCACAUCUUACUCCGACACUGGUCUCUGGGGCAUUUACCUUGUGUCCGAGAAUCUCAUGAACCUUGAUGAUAUGACACAUUUCACUCUGAAGGAAUGGUGCCGGAUGUCUAUGGCACCGACUGAUGUUGAGGUUGAGCGCGCUAAGAGCCAGCUUAAGGCCGGUUUGUUGCUCUCUCUUGACGGGACGACUGCUAUUGCCGAAGACAUUGGAAGGCAACUUGUCACCACUGGUCGCCGUCUCACCCCUCAGCAGAUCGAGUCUGCCGUUGAUGCUGUGACCACGGACGAGAUCAAGCGCGUCGCACAGAAAUACCUGUGGGACAAAGACAUUGCCAUUGCAGCUCUUGGCCCGCUUGAUGGUCUUCUUGAUUACAAUCGCAUUCGCUCAGACAUGUCAUCUAUGACCUAUUAAAGGUUAAUUGCUUUCAUCGUUUGCAUCAGGCAAUGCACUUAUAGUCACACUCGCAGGAUGAUCAGGUGUGAUUAUUGGGACGCUAACUAGACGAUAUGCUGUUCGCUGUUGUUCGUUCCUAGUAGACAGGGAAUAAAUGACUUUUAAUACCAAUAUAAUUUCCCAAGAGCAAAUCGACCUGCCCCUACAGAUUGUCCAAAUUUUCGUCAUGGACUUAUUGCAAUUUUCCAAUUCUACGUACAGGACUCACCAUGGCAUAAAACAUUGCACUUGACAAUCGACACUGUUAUGAUAUCGUGACGGCGGUGGACAGCACCAAUUCCUAGGAACAAAUUUCGAAUGCACCCAUUCGAGUUGGUCAUAACCUCCAGCGUUAUAUAUAAAAUGUUGAUAGAAUGCACUGUUCUCUGUUCUGGCAAAGCAUAACCCCUCCUCUCGUUCUCACU